AUAAUCCUUCUCCAAUCCUGCAGUUUCUGCCUCAGGAUCAUCAAACCAUAGCAGUCAUUUUCUAGAUCGCAUUAACAUGACGCUUAUGCGACUCUCCGAAGAACUUUAGUACACAAGCAAAUGAGCAUGCGACUGUUGACGACCAAACCACAACCCAUACAAUGGACCAACUAGUAUAGGGCCUAUAAACACUACGCCACCGAUGGCUUCCACUAAGAAGUCGGUACAAUUGCCGGAGGAGGGUGAACUGAGCAAAGAGCCGUCCCUGUCGUUUAUACCAGGAUCUGGAACACCCAGUUCAGUCAGUGGCCUAUCCCGAAUAGCUCUCCAUGAUGCUUCGGCAAACCAUGUCUCCAUUUGGCGUGACCCCGACUACCGCGGCGAGCGCGUGACAGAAGCCCCCUCGUCCUCCGCGGCCACUGCAAGGCCGCAUCAGUAUGUCCAAAGGCGUCGGCAGUUGCAUACACAGCCGGAAGCGGCGGUGCCGGGCCGAAAAGGCCCAAGCAACUUUACCCGGUUCCCAGACAUCUAUGCCAAAGCCAACCAACCCACCGCGCCGCCAAACAAUGCCACCCAGCGCCCUUUCCGUACCACCAGCAGCAGCCCCACCCGCCGCAGCAGCCUGGGCGGCGCUGCGCCUUUCAUCGCCGGCGCCACCGUCGCAGGUCCCAUUUCCGCCGCCUGCGGCAACGGCACGUCAGCCGGCCCGAAUAAGGGCCACCUGACAAACACCGCCGCCGCUGCCGCCGCCAUUUUCGCCAUGGCUGGCGGUAGCACCCUCACCGCCGCCAGCAUCGCAUACAAUGCAUGCGGCGGCGCCAUAAACCCCCUGCCUGACAUGGCACGGCCCGCAGCCGCCGGCGGUGGCGGUGGAGGUACCGUCAGUGGAGCGGUGUCGGCUGACGGUGUAGCUGCCGGCGGCGCAGCCGGCAGUGCUGCUGCGGCUCAGCAGCAGCAACAGCAGCCGCCCUCGCAGCAGCGGGUCCUGCAGUCGCAGAACAGCGGUCUGACGGCCACCUCAGCAGCCGCCGCCACUGCUGGCGAGGGCGCCCCCGGAGGCAGCGGCGGGGCGGAGGAUGAGCUGGGAGCGCUGAAGCUGCAGGCGGACGACGUGUUGGGGGACAACGAGCGGCUGCGCAGCCGGCUGGUCAGCCUGCCUAACAUCGUGUGUCGCAGCGCCAAUGGGGACGUGUUUUUGGUGGAGCUGGGGCACGUCCAGGCCAUGCUGCACAAGCGGGCGCUGGGAGAGGAGGGCGUGCAGCUGCUCGGGCGCAUCACACCUCACAACCUCACCACCUCCCUCACCAAGCUUAGCGGCGGCAGCGGCGGCGGCACCAGCCCCACCCGUGGCGCCCUCAUUUCCGCGCGUGUGCGACGGCACCGCCGCAGCAGCCGUCGUGCUGCCGGCCAAGCUGCCGACGGCGAGGACCCCUCCCAGGGCGUCUCUCCCCGCAUCACACGCAGUGCCUCCAUGAUCGCGGGCCGCGGCCGCAACAGCGGCGCAGCGGCGGGGGUCAACGGCGGCGGAGCCGCCGCCGCCGCGGCGGCAGCCGCGGCGGCUGGCGGCAUCACCAGCGGCGGCGCUUCCGGCUCCGUCGAUCCCUGGCUUGAGGAGGAGCUCCGACAGCAUCUGGCGGCAACGGAUGCGCUGGUGGAGGAGCGGCGGCGGCAGCUGCAGGCCAACUGGCGGGCGGGUCGUACGACGGGGGUGUCGCCGGCGGUGGUGGCGCGGGAGGCGGAGGAGGCGAAGCGGGCGGCGGCGAUUGAGUUCGCGGUGAAGUCGUUCGUGCCGCGGCGGUUGGCGCUCAUGGCGCUGCACAUGCAUGCGUCGCGGGUUGGGGAUGAUGUGGAGGAGGAGGAGGAGGCGUCCGCGGGGGCCAGCACGACAGACGGCAGUGCCACCAACGAGCCCGGCACGCGGCCGCCCACCACCACCGGCACUCCCGCCAGCGCCGGCAGCGCCACCGCUCCCGCCGCCUCCCCCCGCAAGGCGGCAGCAGCCAGCCCCGGCGGGGCGCCCCUGGCAGCCGCCGUCAAGAAGGGGCUACUGAAGGUUGGAGGAGGCGGGGGUGGAGGCGGGGGUGGUGCAGCGGCAGCAGCUGCGGGAGCUGGUGACAAACACAACAAGUGGAACAAGGUCCAGGUCGGCAUGGACCGGCUGUACGACCGCAUGCCCUUCAUGAGCAACUGGAUGGCAACCAUCAAGAAGCUGCACCGGGAGGAGGGGGUGGGCUGGGACGAGCUGAUACACGGGGGCGGGGACGACAUGUACGUCAAGGGGAGAGAGGAGCACCAGGGAACAAACAUCUACGUGCUCAAGUGCCACGAGCUGGGCGUCACCCCCAGCACCCAGGUGGUUCAGCAGCUCUCCUCCGCGGACGCCAACAUGUCGCACUGCAAGCUGGGCCGGCAGGGCGCAGCGGCGCUGCGGCACGCGCUGUCCGCCAACGUGACCAUCACCCACCUCAACCUGCAGGACAACCACCUGGAUGCGACGGCGAUAGAAAACGUGCUAGCCGGGCUGUACAACGGCACCAUGGCCAAGCAGCCGCGAGCCAGGAAGCUGCUGGAGAAGAGGUCCUUAGCCGUGGUGCCCUCCCCCACCCGCACCCAGCCCAACUCCGACACGGAGGGGGCAGGUCCACUCACUACCGGCGGCGGCAGCCCCACUAGCGUCCCGCCCCCCCUGCCGCCGUUCGCCGCCUCCGCGGGAGGUGCCAGCAGCGGCGGCGGAGCCAGCAGCGGCACCACCAGUCCUCCUCGCUCCACACGCCGCGCGCCGCCGGGCGAUCUGGCGAUACGGCUCAUCCCUCCGUCGUACACUCGGGAGCAGGAGCAGCGACGACUGGCGGAGGAGGAGCAGCGGCGGCGGGAUGCAGCAGCGGCGGGAGUGGAGGGGGCGGAGGGGGCGGCGGGUGCAGGGGCGUCGCUGGGCGGGGCGGCGGACUCACCCGCUUGGAUGCGGCUGGGGAACGACCCCUCGCGCAUCGCCUCUGUCAGCAUGAGCCCCGGCCAAGCGCGGAGCAGCCUGGUGGGCGGCGCGCUAGCCCGCCCGGGUGACCCGGCGGGUCGGCUGCCGCGCAUCUCGCCGCCACCCAACGCGCCCACCAACCGCCUCACCUGCUCCAUCACCUCCCUGGACCUCUCCAACAACCCACUGGGGAUCAACGGGGUGCGGGCGCUAGCAGACCUGCUGGACCCCACCGUCACUCCGUACCAGUUCGUGAAGCACCUGCUGCUCAACAAGUGCGGCAUCCCCGAGGGCGGCGGCCGGGCGCUGGGCACCGCCCUGACGCGCGGCAACACCCGACUGGCGGUGCUGGGGCUGUCCAACAACUGCGUGGGCAACGGCACGGCGGCGGUGUUUGGGGAGGUGCUGGCGCUGCCCAGCGGGCUGGAGGAGCUGGACCUGAGCUGGAACCAGAUCAAGGCGGACGGUGCCCGGCUGCUUGCGGACGGUCUAGCCCAGAACAACACGCUCACUCGCCUCAACAUCUCCUGGAACGGCCUGGAGAGCCCGGGCGUGGUGGCGCUGGGCGGCAUGCUGGCCACCAACGACUCCCUCACCUGGCUGGACCUCACCAACACGCGCAUGGGGGCGGAGGCGUGCCUCAUGCUGGCGGAGGGAAUCAAGAGCAACCGCACGCUGGAGGUGCUGGUGCUCAACGGCAACUCGGUGGGCGACGACGGCGCGCGCUACCUGAUGGACGCACUCAAGACCAACACGGCGCUCAGAUACCUGGGGCUGCAGGGCACCAACAUGUCCACCGCCGCUCGCGGCCACGGCAGCACCGCCACCUUCAACCCGCUCUCCCCCGACGGCUCCUACCACCUCAACUUGGAGCUGCCCCCCGACCGCGCCGUGGCGCUGCAGCUGUGCGAGAUGGACGCCAGCUCGCCCGCCGACCUGAUGCGCAACAUUCGGCUGGGUGACCGCAACAUACCCUCCGCCAAGUCCAUGCACUGGCCGGAGAGUCUGCCCGUGUCGGGUGUGCUGAACUUCGACUUCGUGACGCGGCGCACCACCAAGGUGAUGAGCGUGAUGGAGGGCAAGAUGUUCACCGCGCUGGCCUCGCAGUUCACGGCUGGCAACAUGAGCGACAAGGAGAAGCUGGCGCUGGUGGAGGUCAUGGCCCCCUUCAACUACAUGUACUGCCAGCAGGCCGCGCAGCUGCUGCGCUGCUUCACCAUCGGCGUGGAGAUGGUGAUGGCGGCCGCGCUGCUGUUCACGCGCUGCGCCGACCUGGACGACAACAUCACGCUGCUCAGUGAGGCGCUGGCGGCGGACGCGAGCCAGGACUCGUUGCAGGACGUGCUGGGAUGGUACUCCUACGUCCGCUUCACCAACCCCUCCGGCCACUACGAGCUCAAUCUCUCCUCCCGCGUCAACCAUGCGCUCGCCACGCGGCUCAAGGACGUGGCCUACUCCGAGCCCGCCGACUCCCUCAACUGGCUCAACGUCAUCUACGACCUCUACACCAACGUGCCCACCAAGGUGCCCAACAACUUUGGGCCGCCCGAGGACUGGAAGGGCCUGGUACCCCAUGUGGGCACGCUGUCGUUUGACUACGUGAGCGGCUGCCUGGCUCCACCCACAGCGCAGCCGGUGCCGGAUGCGCUGCUGAACGACGUGUUGACGCAGGACCUGGGAAUCAGCCUGGACGGCAGCGGCGCGCCCCUCCCCGAGCGCGACCACUCCGCCGCCAGCCAGCAGCUCGCCCGCCUGCGCCCCAUCGUGGCCAACAUGGUGUUCAGCACGGCGCAGGUGAAGCGGCUGGUGGAGGCGUUCGAGGCUCCCCCCCACCGCGUGGAGGUGCUGGUGACCUGCUACUGCCGCAUCAUGGACCGCAACAACCUGUGGAACAUCCUGUACAGCCUCACCCCGCUGGAGCAGGCGCUGUCCAUGUGGCGCCUGGGGCCGGCCAACCUGUUCGACAAGGGACACCCCACAGGCCACUACGUGCUGGACCUGUCCAACCCGCUGCACGAGUCCGUGGCGCGCAAGCUGGUGGACAUGGCGCUCGCCUCGCCCGACCUGCCCAACUUCUGGAACCUGCGCAUCAACGGCGUGCACCGCUCCGUGCACGAGAACCGCAACAUGUGGGGCACCUUCACGGCGGAGACCGCCAGCCCCUUCAUGGAGUUCGACUUCAUUGGGCCGGAUGGGUUCGACCUGCUGGGUCGGAGCAAGGCGGAGGUGGAUGCGCUGGGCCCGGGCGACCGUCUGGACCUGCGCACCAAGCAGGCCCGCCGCAUGGAGCUCUCGCGCGUCAAGACCAUGUACGCCUAUUAUGAGGACGGCAGCGGCUGGCAGCGGCCGCCCUGGCAGAGCCGCCAGCUGCUGAUGCGGCCGCUGGCGGACAAGGCACCCUGGCAGGCGGCCUGGGACCGCAUGGCCCGCACGCUGCUCAGGAACGACCUGCGCUGCGGCGGCAUGGAGGGUGACAGCCCCCUGGAAGACAUAUUCUUCAACCAGACAGGCGGCGAAGACGCCAUGACCGCCGAGCAGUGGGAGGCGCUGCUGCGAGACUGGGGCUACGGCCGCCUCGAGGUCAACUACAUGGCAGAGGCCUUCGAGACGGCCGGCCGGCCCGCCACCGUGGACGACGGCCCCUCCUACAAGCCCUACCAUGUCAAGCACUCCGAGCCCAACCUGACCCUAAGCACCCCGGGAUCCGACGCGGCUUCCACAACCACCACACCCACGUCAGCUGCCAAUACAACCACCACCUCUGCGGCUGCGACCCCGGGAACUGGCGGCACCACACCCUCCAGCCGACUCAACGCAAGCCGGCAGUCGCAGGCGGGGGGCUCGGAGUUCUCCACACCCACCAAGCCCUCGGGGCCGCAGCAAUCGCAGUCACGUGGCAAGGGCGGCGGGGCGCAUGUGGUUGUGGACGUGCCGCCGGCGCAGCUGGUGCCGAACACGGUGGUGGAGUUCCCGGCGUUUGUGGGGCUGUUCAUGCAGGAGCCGCCGCGGGCGUUACGGAACUUGAAUGCGACGGCUGCGGCGGGGGUGGCGGGGGUGGUGGUGUCCAUGCGGUCGAGGCGUGGGAAGGGGCGGUAGGGCUUGAGGAGCUAGCAUGUGUGAAGUAAUAGGAAGUACGAGGGUAGUGGUGUAGGGGGUUGCAAGGUUGUUGCAGCUGAGGUGGAUUGCAGGUGGUUGGAUGGCGGCAGGGUUGGGUGACGGUUGGGGGUUGUGGCUGAGGAAGGGAGGGGAGAGUGCAGAGUGCAUGUAGACGUAGAAAGGAAAGGAUGCAGGGUUGUGUGGUUGGAGGUGGUGUUGGGUUGGCUAGGGUUAGCUAGCAGGACGGCAUGGUGGAACAUGUUGACGGUGGGUACAUAUGAGCACAUGGAGUAGACGGGACUUGCCGGUUAGCUACUGUCUAAAAGGCAAGGAUGGCGGACGGACCUCGGCUCAAGCUCGAAUAGGGCGUGCGAUCAGAUGUGAAGCUGGUACCGGGCUAGAUGUCCUCUUAUUUCAGUUGGCGCCUAGUUUAGGCGCUGUAUGAUACUGUAUUGUAGGAUUUGGUGUCUUGCUCUCGCUUGCACAACCUUGCAUGGUGGUAGUAUUGCGCUGUAUGUGCAUGGCAGAUUGCUAUUGUGUCUUAUGGACACGUGACUGGGCUGAAACUGAAUGCCCAAACAAGCGUACAUGCUGCACAGUUAGCUGCAUUAGUACGGUAGUCGCCUUUUCGCUACUGGAAACGCACCAUCGUCCCUGUGAUAAGUUGUGUGAGUGCACCCCAAUCACCACACGGGCGUUCUUUCACACCUGAGCUGUUGUGUCCAAACUGUUGCCGCCACAAGCAGCUCUUAUAGCAUGUAACCAAGUUAAAUCCUGAUUCAUGCAUGCUGGUGAUGGGUUGGUUCAGGGAGACCGGAAUCCUAUCUAUGCCGUAACCUGGG